AUACAAAUGUAAACAUAAAUGUAAAUACUAAAAUACAGUUGCCGAAAUGCCAGUCAGAUUCGAUCACCAUCACCACCACCAUCAUCAUCAUACACAUUAAGGUACUUGUUCUCAUCAUCAUAACAUUUGAAUAUUCACUUAUUUAGUAAAUAAACCAAUCAAAUUUACAUGGUGUAAUAUUAUUGGCUAAAAAAAUUUUUUGUUAAACUUUCAGGUCGCUGAUAUAUAUAUAAGUAGAUAGAUAUUGUGGUAUACAAUUCGAUUACAAUUUAUCAUUAUUACUAUUAUUAUGAGCUUAAUAAACAUAUACAUAAUCUACCUUAUAUGUUUUAUUUUAUUAUUAAUUCAAAAGAAUAAUACAUCUGAAUAUGAUUCUAAUAAAGAGUAUAUUGAUGGAGAAGCAUUGAAUCGAUUCAUAAGCGAUACUGAUGAUGACAAUGAUCAUCAUGUUCAUCAUAAUCAUCGUCAUCAUCAACAAGAUCGUCACCAUCGACGAGAUAUUCAUAAAAAUGUCGGACGAAAAACUCAAUUGAAAUUGUUUCCAUGGCGUAUACAUUUUAAUCGACCAAAUACUCAAGAAAUGUAUGUAUUCAAUACAGACCGUUAUAGUAAUUGGUCAGAUUGGAAAGAAUGUUUACCAAUGGAAUGUAUUGAAAUACGUUAUCGUAAAUGUUUAGAUAAUUCAUGGAAAACAAUAUCACCAAAUCUUAUUCAUACAACUAGAUGUAUAUCAAAAUAUUAUACAGAGAAACGUACAUGUUUAAAUAAGACUCAAUGUAAUGAACAUACUGGUGAACAAAUUAUCAAAAAUCUAACUAAUACAUGUGGAAUACGUAAACAAGAUAAUAAAAUAAUAGAAAAAAUUCUUGGCGGUAAAUCAGCUGAACCACAUUCAUGGCCAUGGGCUGUUCGUUUAUCUGUGAAGUUACCACAUCGAAGACCAGUUACAUUCUGUGGUGGGACAUUAAUUGCACCACAAUGGAUAUUAACUGCAGCUCAUUGUGUUCUAGUGGAAAAUAAACAUAUUCCAGUUGGAAAACCAGUUAUGUUAGCUGAUCAUAUGAAAAGUACAAUCUAUGCACAUUUAGGUGAUCAUGAUCGAUAUAAAAAAGAAGCUGCACAAGUUGAUCAUCGUGUUACUGUUGCUAUACUUCAUCCAAAUUAUCAUAGAAAAUUACAAACUGAUGGAUAUGAUAUUGCAUUGUUACGUCUCUCAGAACCAGUUAAAACAUCACCAGAAAUUGAUUUUGCAUGUUUACCAACAAAAGAUUUAAAAUUAACACCGAAUUCCAAAUGUUAUGCUGUUGGUUGGGGUAGUAAUAAAGGUGCAAAAAUACCAACAUUUGAUAAUAUACAUAGUAUAUUAGAAUCAUUAUUUUUACCAUUUCCAUCAUUAUUUACAACACCAUUUAGAUUUGGUAGAAGUGAAUCAACAAUAUGGAAUAUUAAAAAAUUAGAAGAAGAAGAAUCAUCAAGAGAAUUACAUGAAGUUGAAUUACCAAUUGUUUCUAUAGAAGAUUGUCGUAAACAUUAUGCUGAUAUUAGUUCUAAAGUUCAUGUAUGUGCUGGUGCUAGAAAUAAAGAUACAUGUGCAGGUGAUAGUGGUGGUGGUCUUUAUUGUUAUUUAGAAGAGACUAAUCGUUGGCAUGUUGUUGGUGUAACAAGUUUUGGUUUAGCACGUGGUUGUGGUUUAAAUCCUGGUGUUUAUACAUCAACAACAUCACAUAUGGAUUGGUUAUCAAAACAAUUAGCAACAAAGAUAUUUUAAAAAAAUCAAAAAAAAAGAAAGAAAAAAAGGAGAAAAAAAGAAAAACAUCAAUGAGAAAAAAAACAUACUAUUGAUAAUAAUAAUAAUAAUAAUAAUCUCUAUCAGUUACUUUAUUAAGAUUUCUUCUAACGAAAAAUCGAUAUGAAUAUGAUCAAUUGAAUAUAUUUUUUAUUGAUUUUAUUAUUUAUGUAAAUUUAUUAGAUAAAUUAGUAAUUAAAAUAUACCCCCCCCCAUUUUGUUUUGUUUAUUUAAACAUAUAAACAUUGGUAUAAAGAUUCAUGAAAUAGAUUUAUGUUAGGGGUGAGAUACUACCCGGGUGCUCACCAAACCGAAGCAAGUGACCUUCUUAGGGAGCCACAACCCGAGACACUGACUUAAAGGUCUAGUCCACAAGGCAGUGGAGUAACGUCAGGAAAUGCAGUACCAUGGUAGCCGGUGACCAACGAUUGGUUCAUACACUAUUUGUUCCCUCAGGAUACUGGAGACCAUAUGCACCAUUGGUUUGAAAUCAGUUUUAAAACUUUUCUAGGUGGACUCUGUGUGUCCUCCAACCCGGUUAAAUCGCCGGAUAUUCGCUUUUCGUCUUCUCAAUUUUGUAAACGACACCCGUGGUGUGAGAAGGCAGUGAGUACGACUUACCUGGCAGUGGCUGUAUACCUGGAGCGCCCGUGCGGUAGGUGGGCAUUCUACCAUUGAAUCACCGACGCGAUGUUCUAGGUUCUACAGCACAUAUGACGAAUGCAUCUGUAUGACCUAAUGUUCUAACCAUGAGACAUGAAUAUUGUAGGUUUGUUCGUUUUGGGAAUCUUUGGUGACCACCACUGAGGAUGAAAC